AUGUCCUUUGCUUCCGCUGACCUUCUCGACGGAUGCUGCGAAAGGCGACCCGUUGGAGUUCGAUCUAGGGAAGGCAAAGCCAGUUCAUCGUUGGUUAUUCGCGAGGACGGAAGUUGUCGCUCCGCUACGGAAAUGGCAGCUGAGGACCGGAAGUGCCUCGUCGUAGGAGUGGAAAUUAAUACAUCGGUGGAGCUCAUAUCGAUAGCAGAGAUGUUGCCGCAGGUGAUGGUCUCUGGUCCCGACGACGACCUGCAGGUGACGGGGUACUUGGUCGAUGUCUUGAAGAUCAUCUUGGCCCACCUCGGAUACUGCUACAGGUUCGUCCGCAGCCCAGACCGCAUCUACGGAACGAGGCAACCGAACGGGACUUGGAACGGCUUGAUAGGACUCGUGCAGAGAGGCGAAGUAAACAUGACUGGGUAUGGCAGCUGGACGACGGAGGAGAGCUUCCAAGACUUCUCGAUGAGCGAACCCCUCGCCCAGAGCUCCCUCACCGUCAUCUACAGGAGGCCCGGCCUGCAGCCUGACAUGGCGGGGUUCGUCAAGCCUUUCGACCCCUUGGUGUGGCUCCUUCUCUUGGUCUCUCUCCUGGUCGUCCUCGGGGCAACCAUCCCUGUGAUCUCGUACUACGACCGUCUUGCACCACGCAAAGGGGCUGACGAAGAGCAAGCCUCCAAGGACCUGCAACUUGUUGUAAAGGAUUCAGUUGAUUGGACGGUCAAUGUACUACUCUGUCAGUGCAGCAACAAUGCUGAGUAUUCUAUCCACUAUUUUUGCUGCAUCUUUUGGAACACGUGCCAGGCCUUGGCAGAGCGCCGAGGCCUUCGCUCCAGCCGUUGCGUGACACGCCUUUCCUCGCCAGCCGUUAGCCUGUAUCCUCGCGGGGACUCCGUGCGAGUGGUCAUCUGUCUGUGGCUUCUCACGACCCUCAUCCUGGCCACGGUCUACCGGGCUAACCUCAAGGCCAUGCUCAUCCUGCCCAAGCUCACCUUGCCCUUCGACAGCCUGGAGAGCCUCGUAGACACCGACAUCGCCGUCUUGGCGGGCACGGGGAGCCUCUUCAAGGAAGCGAUGGAGAACUCCCCCGAAGGCCAUCCAUUCCGACGCCUGAAGAAAAAUAUGAUAAUGGAUAAAAAGCAGAGAACAAAUAUCACAGCUGCGAUGCCGAGGUUCGUGAAAGGCGAGGUCGCGACGGUGGUCCCGCGCACGGUGGCGAACUUCCUUAUGCACUCCUUCUUCCUGCAGACAUACAUUCUAUUCAUCAUGAUUACUCCCCUCAUGCACCUGCCUCUGCCCACCCCCCCUCGGCGCCUUCCCUCGGAGCAGGAGGGCCGCUGCGUCAUGUACGCCAUCCCAGACAUCACGAGCAGCUUCCCCAUGAGCUUCAUAUUCGCCAAAGGCUCGCCUCUCAAGGAGCAGAUCGACCCUGUGAUCCGUCGCCUGAGGCAAAGCGGGAUCAUCGGCUACCUGUACCAGAGGCAGCUCAUGAACGCCUCGGAGUGCUCGGGCCCCGUGGAGCUGCUCUCCCGGGGGGAGCUGCGGCCCCUGGCGCUGGGGGACUUCUACGGGGUAUUCAUGCUCUACGCAGGAGGUACGCUGGGCCACGAAUCGCCUUGGCCACGCUCGCCUUCGGGCUGGAAUGCCUCCUGGGCCGCCUCUGCCCCGGAGUCUCCUAAGGCCGUUGCCUCAGAGGUCCUCGAUUCCCUCGACUCCUUCGACUGCCGCCCGUGA